UUAAGAGGUCAGAUCUCAUAUAAAUACGAGGUCCAUCUCACCUCAGGACAAACCUUAUUCAACAUGUGGACCUUUGCCGUGUUUUUGCUCGCCAUCGUUGUUGCCGCAACUGGACAACCCCAGAACAGACAGUUUUAUCGACAACAACAAUUUGGUUCGGACGUUGCGCGGCCAGUCGUAUACCCGAGGAUUUUGAAACAAUCGCAGGAUUCCCAGUACGACGGUUCAUUUAACUAUGCCUUCGAGACCGAAGACGGCACUUCAGCCCAGGCCGCCGGAGUCCUGAAGAACCCAGGAUCAAAAGACGAAGCCCUAUCCGUCCAGGGUUCGUACUCAUACAGAAGCGACGACGGCCAGGUCCUCACCGUGACGUACACAGCUGACGAAAACGGUUUCAAAGCCGAGGGCGCUCAUCUGCCGACACCUCCUCCAGUCCCUGAAGCAAUUGCCAGGGCUUUGGAAUACCUCAGGUCACUUCCUCCUUCGGACGACAACAAAUUUUAAUCUUUUAUACCAUCUGCUUUUUCCUUACCAUUUUUAAUGAAGCAAUAAAAAAACAGUAUUUUUUAAAA